AUGGGAACCACCAACAAGAUGUAUGACAACGAUAAUGCUUGUCAAGAGAAUGCCUACACUAGAAAUGGAUCAAAGAAUGUGGAUGAGGAUACGACUCACAAUACUACCGAGAGUGAAUUUUUCUACCAAGACAUGGGAGAAUUUGGUGACGUUGAAGGGAUAGAUGUGGAAGACAUAAUAAAGAAAGUAUUUAGGAGUGAUGAGGACACGUAUAAGUUCUAUAAGAAGUUUGGAAAAUAUCACGGCUUUGGAGUUAGAAAGGGGGAUUCUUGGAAGGAUGAGGAUGGUAUUGUCACAAGGCAGAGAUUCUUCUGCAACAGGCAAGGUUUGAGAGAUGCAAAGCACUAUAAUCGGUUAGAUAGGAUGAGGGUUCAAAAACCAGAAACGAGGACUAAUUGCGAGGCAAAGUUCUCCAUAUACCUUGACAAGAGUGCUUCUCUAUGGCGAGUAAGGAAGAUUAAAAACAAGCACAAUAAUGACUUGAUCCCUAGUUGCAUGGUGCAUUUGAUUGCGAAGUACCGGUCACUCACGAAUGCCGCCAAAGCUCAGAUAGAUGGGUUGAACGAGUAUGGAAUUUCGACAGCGAAGAGUGUACGAUAUAUGGCUGGGAUGGCUGGAGGAUACUCGUUGGUUGGCUUCUUAAAGAAGGACGCCUAUAAUCACAUUGAUAAAAGAAGGCAUGUAACGAUUGCGGAAGGCGAUGCAGACGCUGCGCUUGCAUAUUUAGAAGAUAAGACAGAAUCGGAUCCGAUGGCCAUUGCGCGGUAUAGUUUGACCGAUGAUGGAAUGCUAGGCAAUAUGUUUUGGACCGAUGGGGGCAGCCGAGUCGAUUACCAGUACUUCGGGGAUGUUCUUGCGUUCGAUGGACAUACAAGAAGAACAAGUAUAGGCGGCCAUUGGUAA